AUCUCAGUCGUGUAUAAAUUCAUACAUCUACAUUUACUCUUCCUACUUCAAUUGAUUUCUCCAAAUUACAUCAGUUUUCAUGGAGACUCAAACUGCAGUUGUGAACUUUGCCAAGAGCCUCUCCACCUUCGCGAUUCAGGCUCUCCUCCUUCAAAUUUCCACCGCUCUGCUCUCCACGAUAGGAGCUCUUGCAAACGCAGCUGAAUCAACGGUGGUAGAUAGGCUUUUGAUGACUGAGCUCGGCAUGAAGAAGCAGCCCGAGAAUCAAGAAGCUAGUGAAGACGAGGAUGACGAUGAUGAAGACGAUGAGGAGGAGGAUGAUGAAGGUGGAGACGAGGAGGAUGAGGAUGCCGGAGGGGCCGAGGAAGGGGAGGACCUAGGUGAUGAGGAGGACCCGGAGGACAUUCCAGCUGCAAAUGGUGAUGGUGCUGGAAGUGGGGACGAUGAGGAAGAAGACGAGGAUGAUGAGGACGAAGAUGAUGAUGAUGACGGCGACGAGGAUGAGGAAGAGGAGGAAGAAGAGGAAGAAGAAGAGGAGGAGACUCCAGAGCCACCUACUAAACGGAGGAAAUGAGCCUACAUAUAUGAUAUCUCCUUGUCUCUGUGUUUUUUAGUUUUGAAUUUUGCAUAGGAUGUAAUUUUUUAUAUCAAUGCUUUCACUUUCUUUUCUUUGAUUAAGAUUAAACCGUUACUAUUUCAUUUCUUAAUUCAUCAAGUUAAAUACUUCCAUAAAUUGGUGAUUUUGA